CGCCGCAGUAGCACGGCUGAUUUUUUUUGGCCCGCGCGCGCGUUCGUUUGGUUUAUUUAAGGUCCCUCGUUUGAUCCCAGCUAGACAGACCAGUGCCGCCGCGUGUGAAUGGACACCAGCGCUAAUGCUUCAAUAACCGUCGAAGCUGAUCUAUUCCGUUGCCCGGUGGUUUGGUAAUGGGCAGGAAAAUUUAUGCGUUUUUGCGAUGACAGCCACUAAACGGAAAAGUGUGAAACGUGAAAUUGGAGGAGGGCUGAUUUUGAGGUUGAAUAAUUGUGGUGCUAAUAAAAUUGAUUAAUGGGAGUUCAAUUGUUGAUGAUUUAAAAUACUCUCGGCGGCGGUUUACCAAGAAAAUAGUUCAAGUAUGUGUUAGUUAAUGCGUGUUUGCUCUCACAGUAUAUUCACGAAGUUUCGUUUUGUGUACUGUUGCUGCAUACAGUGCUUUGUUGUUUUGAGAAAGGUCUAAUUAUACAUUAAUUAAUUAAUUGCGCUACAUUUCAAUGGCGGCGACGGAACCGCAUCGGCGAAAAGUGUCAGUACGCAAAAUUCUACUGUCGAACCGACCGACCGAACAAGUGGGAUCAACGAAGCGGAUCCAGUAAAGUGGAUAGUAUGCGGCUUUCGGCAACGCGAGAUAUCAUCUACCAGUUGCGGCAUAUUAUGUAUUCCCACAGGAGUCUGGCUUAUGCUUAAUGAAGGUCGUUGAAGUGUCUGAGUCGCAGAGGAUUGGGGGCAAAUAAUGACAGUGUAAGAGUUAAUGUCUCAUGUUGCUAUUCGAGCAUUCAAUUUUGUUGUUGUAGUUGCACUCCUGUCUGCUUUAAUUAUUUCUGUACACUAAAGCACAAACCACCGUGUUAGUAAAUGGAACGAAAUAAUAGAAGAAGUGUUAAAUCUACUUACAAAGUGAUAAUGUUUGUUUUCCAUUCUUGCGUUGGGGUUUCUGCAUGUGUGCAUAUCCUGUGUGUCAGUAAUUAGCUAGGAAUUCAAAUUAUGUAUCCAAUCAAGCACUGCUAUUCGAGCCAACUAUCAUCACGGUGUAGUUUCAUCACCAGGACACUGUUGCUCGUGUUAAUAAGCACAUUAGAUUUCACGGACGGUCUGUACCGGCCCAACUUGUGGCCGACAGAAACACCAAAACCACCGCAACCCCGACCGGAACCAUAUUUCGUGACGUCAGCGUCGAAAAACGCAACCGUCCGCCAAGGUGAUCCGGUGUUUCUGACCUGCAAAGUGGAAAAUCUCGGCUCCUACACAGUGUCCUGGAUCCGGCACAACGAUCUGCACAUUUUGACCGUGGAUCGUUACACAUACACGGCCGAUCAACGCUUUCAGGCGUUGCAUAACAACGAAACGGACGACUGGAUCCUGAAUAUCAAGUGGACCGAGCGGAAAGACACUGGCAUUUACGAGUGCCAGUUGUCGACCCUGCCAGUCAAGAGCCUGCAGCUGUAUUUGAUUGUACUCGAUGAGUUCGAGUUGGUGCGUAGGCAGGACGACAUUCUGUACGAUAUACCAAUACCACCCAGCCUAUCCGAGACGAAAAGAUCUCACAACGGCGGUACUAACCAGAAUGGAGACAUCUACAACCGUAUGUACGCGGAUAGAGAUUAUUUAAACUUAGCUUCCACCACGCAAAUUCUUGAGGGAACUAUUGUCUACGCGUAUAAGGGAGAAACUCUCAACCUCACUUGCAUUGUGAACCAUAACUACGAUCGACGGCCCAGCCACGUGAUUUGGUAUCAUCAAAAUGAUAUUGUGUCAUACGAAUCACUGCGGAAACGGGAUAAAUCUCCUCCGAACAGCAUCACGUUGCAUCAUCAGAUACAAAAUGUUGACUUUGAUGAUGCUGGCAACUACACGUGCGCACCGGAACUGUACGGUAGCGCCAGUACGAUCGUUCAUAUUUUAGAUGGCGAUGAAAUACAAAGUGCGAUAAUCAGCAGGAGCAACGAUGUGACAGGAAAACCUCGAGUUACGGCACUGAAAGCAACAGUAGCUGCCAUUCUAAGUUUGUGCAUAUUUUAUUAUAAUCCUGACAAAGCCGGAUGAAGACACUCGGCUAUUUAUGUAAAAAGAGAUUGUAAAUAAUUCAGAAGAUUAUACGAUUAUUAGAACAGUA